AUGCUUGCUGUAUCUCUUUUCCUGAAUUGGAAUAAGAAUAGUGAUGAUGGUGAUGUUGGUGGUGAUGGUGAUGACAGUGAUGACAGCGAUGGUGGUGAUGAUGGUGAUGUUUGUGGUGAUGGUGAUGACAGUGAUGGUGAUGACAGUGAUGGUGAUGACAGUGAUGGUGGUGAUGGUGAUGACAACGAUGGUGGUGAUGAUGGUGAUGGUGAUGACAGUGAUGUUGGUGAUGUUGGUGGUGAUGACAGUGAUGGUGAUGACAGUGAUGGUGAUGACAGUGAUGGUGGUGAUGACAGCGAUGGUGGUGAUGAUGGUGAUGACAGUGAUGGUGGUGAUGUUGGUGGUGAUGACAGUGAUGGUGAUGACAGUGAUGGUGAUGACAGUGAUGGUGGUGAUGAUGGUGAUGUUGGUGGUGAUGGUGAUGACAGCAAUGGUGGUGAUGAUGGUGAUGGUGAUGGUGAUGACAGUGAUGGUGAUGACAGUGAUGGUGAUGACGGUGAUGAUGGUGAUGUUGGUG